CACCUCCUCCGUCAGACACUGCUCCAUUCGUGUUGACUGCCCAGAGUCCACGGAUUUGAUCUCAGGAAAAUAACCUCCACCUCCACCUCCACCUCCACCUCCAGGCACCCAGCUCCGUGCUGUUAUCCAUGUCGUAACUUGAUUACGCGGCCCAAGCCCUGAACCAGGUGGCCUGAGAACAGAAGCAUUCAUUGUUUAAAUGGGAACGCAAGUGAACUGGAGAGAACGUCGUAGAACAGCCGCAUCAGCAGCGAUCGCCACGCAGGCCACUCCCUUCUCGACCGCAUUCUUCUGCGGGUUGAGACAUGUCCCUGUACAGCUUCGGCCUGGAGCCCUUGUCCUGCCACGCCUGGAACAAAGACAAGACGCAGCUCGCGGUCAGCCCCAACAACAAUGUUGUAUGCAUUUAUCAAAAGAACGGCAAAGAAUGGGAGAAGGCUCAGGAGCUGACUGAGCACAGUGGACGCAUCACUGGAAUCGACUGGGCCCCCGAGUCCAACCGCAUCGUGACGUGUGCCUCGGAUCGUAACGCCUACGUCUGGAGCCUGAAGGACGGGGUCUGGAAGCCCACGCUGGUGCUGGUCCGGAUCAACCGGGCGGCGACCUGCGUCAAGUGGUCCCCCCUGGAGAACAAGUUCGCUCUGGGCAGCGCCGCCCGACUCAUCUCCGUCUGCUACUUCGAGAAGGAGAAUGACUGGUGGCUGAGCAAGCACAUCAAGAAGGCCAUCCGCUCCACCGUGCUGAGCCUGGACUGGCACCCGAACAACAUCCUGCUGGCGGCCGGAUCCUCCGACCUGGACUGCAGGGUGUUCUCGGCCUACAUCAAGGACAUCGAGGACAAGCCGGGGCCCACGGCCUGGGGGGCCAAGAUGCCGUUCGGGGAGCUGCUGCUGGAGCAGAAGGACUGCGGGGGCUGGGUCCACAGCGUCUCCUUCUCCCCCAGCGGAGACCAGCUGGCCCUGGUGACCCACAGCAGCAGCCUGGUGGUGGUGGACGCAGCGCACGGCAAGGAGGCAACCCCACUGACCACAGACCGUCUGCCUCUGAUGAGCGUGCUCUACGUUAGCCCGACUGAGAUUGUGGCUGCUGGCCACGACUGCGUCCCGUACCAGUUCUCCUACCAGGGACCCGGCGCGCUGAGCUUCGUCAAGAAGCUGGACAUCCCAAAGCAGACGUCCAAGGGCAGCAUGUCCGCCAUGCAGCACUUCCGCAACCUGGACAAGAGGGCCACCGACGACGACAUGAACGACCUGAACGCCCUGCACCAGAACAGCAUCACCCAGCUGCGUGUUUAUUCUGGGGAGAGAGCCAGGAUUGAGAAGUACAGCAGCGUGUCCCUCGAUGGAGCCAUGGUGGUAUGGGAGUUUAAGCAUUGAUACAAAGGUUGGUUCAAUUUCUUGAAGAUAAGGACUCGGUAUUGUCUUGAGACACAUCCAGGUCCUCUUCAUCACAACACUCCCAAGACAAGCAGCUCCUCCAGGGGUCUUGUUAUUGAAUGACUGCUCUUUGUAAAAGAUGCAAUAAAGAAACUUGAUUCCACCUUUGUUCUUUUGAUUGCCUAUGC